AUGGGUGUUCAAGUCGGUAGCGACGGGACACGAACCACAUACUCUACGAUGAAGUCUCCCACGAUGGCCACGGUAACCAUCGGUCGUUCUCCAGCUUCAUCUCAGCCGCUUGGGGCGGCAUCACCGCCGGCCUCUGGCCCUCGUGCCCCUCAACCAUCCGACAAGACCACGACGCCAUCGGACUCAGUGCUUCCUGAUCCUAACCUCGUCAAUCCUCGCCUCCUCGUAAACGGAGCGUGUAUUUAUGAGCGACAUCUCCCCGGAGACGCAUAUAUCACGGCGCGAGUGCAGCGCCUACAGCACGGAUACUACUCCAGUCCCGCCGUGUCCAACCAAGAUGUUGACCAUGUGGAUUUCUUAGGCAUAACUUUUGUCUUUCAUUCGCCUAACACCCUGUCACAUCGCUUCAAGGCUGCCACCAUUCGCGCAUCGGUCAGCGGGCACAGGGAGUCACCAUCGUCCGGGGCCCGGGUCAGGAAGCCUCGGUUCCUGAUGCACGCGCCGCAUCUCCUUUACGGAGCAGUGUCGCCGGAAACCAUGCAGUGGAACUAUAGUCUCAGCGGGUCGUUAGGCGUUGCCGACUUGCCGCUGAUAGCCAGUCUGUCACCGAGCGGGGGCAUCAAUGGACGGUAUAAGCGGUACGAGAUGAUGCGGAUACAGGGUUCUGUCCGGUCGCUGAAAAGCCCGCGGGGGCGGGAAUACGACGUCGAAGCCGGUGAGAUCGUUUGGUCUCUGGAGGAGAACACUCUGCAGCGAUCGGGUCUGCCUCGAGAGUUCACGUUUGCGAUGUUGAUCCAGAAACCCCGCGCGGAGAGUCGAGUGCAUUUCGCUCUGGAGAUCGAGCCGGUGCUGCAGUCCUGGUGGUGCAGUUAUCCUGGGCUGUUGUUGGGCUUGCCUCGAUACAAGCCUGUGCGACGGCGCGCGGUAGACUUUCGCGUGCAGGUGGGCCAACGCUUCGAGCCUGUCACUCCGCGAAAGGGGUUCAACUUCGCAGCUUUGGAAAGUUCCUUCGAUGACUAUGUUCAUAUGCCGGGGAGGAAGUUCGCGUCUGGUAUCUCCCCGGACGGUGGGAUAUUCCAAGACGACAACGAGAUUCGACGCGACGUGACACGAGACUUGACUAUGCUAGAUCCGCUCGGGGCCGUGCCUAAAGUUCCAGCUAUUGGCAAUGCUGCCUUUGGGCUGGCGGGAAAGACGGAGCUGAAUCAGACCGUUGUGCCCGUCAUGCCUGGGUUUGAUCCGGGAUCGUUCACCAUGCGACUGUUGUUGGACAACGACGAGAGCACGAAACAUACACAGGUGGCAUCUGAACUCACCACAGUUUGUGAAACGAAGACGGCGGAGCAACAGAAUUUGCGACAGUCGCGUCGGAGCAGUCGAGGCCAGAGCGCCUAA